UCUACACUCACUCUAAAUGCAAGCUGCUGACCUGUUCUGUGUGAUGGUUCAGGAGCUGCAGCGUGGUUUGGAUAAACUGGCUGUCAGACUGGUGCCCUGGCAGCCUCCGGACUCUGGGGCCAGUUCUACAGAAGCUGUGAAGGUGGAGGACAUGAUGGUGCUGGUGGACUCGCUGCUGGAAAACACCUGCACUGGUGAUGAUCAGACUGAGAGGAGUCCGACACCAUUCACUCUGGGCUCCAUGGUCUCUCACUUCCAGAAACUAUUUGACGUCCUUUCCCUCAGCGGCGUCUACCCUCGUAUGAAUGAGGUCUACACCAGGCUGGGGGAGAUGACUACAGCCAUGAGGAACGUCCGAGACGUUCUGGACCUAGGUACUGUACAGUACACUGCAGCUGAGUGCAUUCACUGCAUGUGCUGAGAGGUUCUUUUGCUUUAUGUUUUGCUCUUUUAAAUUCACAUUUUAUUCUUUAAUAUUACUUUGAUGCUAAUAUUUUUGCUGUUUGUUUGCUCUUCAUAUUUUAGCAGUGUUUUCCAACCCUUUUAAGCCACCACACAUAAG